AUGAAUGACAUUUUCUUUUUCUUCUUCUUCUCCUUUUUUUUUUCUUCUUCUUCUUCUUCUUUUCCUUCUUCUUUGCUUGUUCUCCUUUACUUAUUGUUCUUGUUUUUUUCUUCUUUUUCUUCUUCUUUUCUUCUACUUUUUGUUCUUCUUUUUCUCCUUCUUGUUUUUCAUCUUGUUCUUCUUGUUCUUCUUUUUCUUCUUCUUUUCUUCUUCUUCUUUUUCUUCUUCUUUUCUCCUACUUCUUGUUCUUCUUUUUCUUCUUCUUCUUUUCUUCUUCUUCUUCUUCUUUCUUCUUUUUCUUCUUUUCUUCUUCUUCUUUCUUCUUUUUCUUCUUUUUCUUCUUCUUGUUUUUCUUUUUUCUUUUUCUUCUUUUUUUGUUCUUGUUCUUCUUCUUCCUUCCUUUUCUUGUUUUUCUUCUUUUCUUCUUGUUUUUCUUUUUUCUUUUUCUUCUUUUUUUCUUGUUCUUGUUCUUCUUCUUCCUUCUUUUUCUUCUUUUCUUCUUCUUUCUUCUUUUUCUUCUUCUUUUCUUCUUUUUCUUCUUUUUUUCUUGUUCUUGUUCUCGUUCUUCUUUUUCUUGUUCUUCUUUUCUUCUUUUUCUUCUUCUUUUCUUCUUCUUCUUCUUUUCUUCUUCUUCUUCUUUUCUUCUUCUUCUUUUCUUCUUCUUCUUCUUCUUCUUUGUACUGUGUCCUAUCAUGUCGUCGGGGUAAGUACGAAAGAAGGCGAAAUAUUAUUAAUUUUAGUUUAGUUUCUCUUUCUUCUUUCUCUUAG